AUGAUCUACGAUGACGAUGUGGGAACCAUAGUCUGCAUCCGGGAACCCCGAUGUAGACUAUGUUCUUUCGGACUGCGAGAGUUCGAUCUCUUCAGAAUCGCCAGAUGGGAUAAUUACUUUCCCCUCCGGUGUGGAACAAGCCAAAGACUCUCGGAAAUGAUCCUUUGCAGCUGUGUCAGUGAUCACUGCCAGACAGAAUUUGACGCCGAUUGUUAUCACCCUGAGUGUUGGAAGUUCGCACUUGACACCUACAAAACUCGAGCCCUUUCCGAAUACUUUGAGAGAGCCAUUUCCCCCAACUUUGAGAGAGCCACGCGUUUCAGCUUUUGUCCCCCACUAUGGGGAAUGCAAGAAAAAGAGCGAGCUGGCCGUCUGCGCAACUUGUUGGCCGGGAAGUUGAAGAAGGAGCAGUGGCCGAUGACGCUGCCUAAUGAGACUUGGGGCAUGAUAGCCAGUUACCUCAUCCGAGAAUCUGUAAUCGUUACAGCAUUUGAACAGACCUUUGGUGAUCCAACACCAAAUUCCAGGAUCUACUUUGACAAAGACGUAUAUGCUGAGUAUGUCAUGUUCGAAGGGAUCCGCUACCUGAAGUCAGUUCGCAAUGCCGGAGGCCCUAUGGGACACCGCGAUACUCUCAUCCUUCGAGGUCAGGAUACCGGAACUAUUAGACAGGGCUAUAUCCUUGAAGACCACUUUGGCAUUCGUGAUGUCUUGUUCACCGCCGACGAGGAACAUCAGCCGCCAAACCGGUUCAUACCAUUAGGAGUGUGGGUUCGACAUAUCUCAGACUCGGAUGGAAUUCAGAGCGUUAGAGUCAGGGGUGAUGGCCUCAAAGUAAGAGAUAUAGUCAUCGGUAAUGACUAUGAAUGCGAACCGCAGAACAUCGCGCGUUUCAGAGAUUGGAAAGCACCUCCAAACACUCUCUUGAAUAUCAGAACCCUAGAGCCCCUAUUCGAGGGAUUCCCAAAGAAUGUGAAGUACGGAGGGUAUCCACAGAUGGAUUCAUUUGACUGCAACCAUCCAGAUAUUAUCGGAUAUUCGGCUGCUGUGGGCGGAUACGGCGUUGUAGCGAUAUUUUCGCAUUUUCGAGGCUCGGAUUUCAGCAUGUACGGCGAAGUCAACCCGCUCCAUCCAGUUACGUGGGUUUAUAUGCCAAUUAACCAAGGCGAGUUGGUGACCGAGAUCUGUCGCUUUGAGAAAAUUAACGAACAUAUAAAGACUAGUUACUUUGGAUUAAUGUUCAUCACCAACCACGGGCGAAUCGGCGUUCUCGGAGAUCACCGCACAUUGAUGCUCAACACCGAUUUUCAGAGAGUCUAUGGACCACCAAGUGAACCAUCAAAAAUCUUUUUUGACAAGGGCAAGGGUGAGACGAUGACUCUACUGGCAUAUGAAUCCGAGGACGAACCAAUGAAAAAAGAGAUACCCCAGUCAAUACUCACGAAUAGGUUCAGAGACUACUCUUCUAACUCUUGGUACUACACUCGCUGUGAUAUGGAAGGAGUUACGCGUAUUGUCCCAUGCCGUAAGAGCGGCUCUGGUCCUAAGCAACUAAUCGGCGCGCUUCUCGAAUAUGAGGAUGGCCAUAAGGAGUGCAUGGGCGAGUGGCGCUUUGAUUGGGCAACCGAGCCGAUACGCGUGAUUGACAACUCGGGCAGUCUGCGCCUGAAACGUUCCAACUGCCUACAUGAUCCAUUCAGAGGCCUCUCAAGUUGUUAUGAUUGUGUGAAUUUGGACAUCGAACUUGUGCCCAAGGACGCACCACCUUGCGAGGAAGACGGCUGCAAGGUUUACAUCGACAUGCCGUGGUCUGGAACAUGGGAAUGGUUGUUUAUGGAACGCGAACACAACGGAAGAACUUUAAGAGGAAGCCUCAACGACCAAUCUAUGCCACCGUGGUAUGAGCUAUUAGACGACGAGUCUGAUAGGGGGCCUUCAGCUAAAUCAGACUAA